GCGUUCUGUUCUAGCUUCCCACACACCAUCUUCCGUGUCCUUUAGACUCCUCAUGAUCAAUUAUAUCUUCUCUUUCUAAUAUGCUCCUACUUUCUCUUCCUCGUCGGCUUUCUCUUCAAAAGGAAGAAGGCAAGAGUAAAUUAAGAAAUAUGGGAAGAGCUCCUUGUUGUUCUAAGGUUGGAUUGCAUAAAGGACCUUGGACUCCCAGAGAAGACACAUUACUCGUUAAGUACAUUCAAAAUCACGGAGAAGGCCAUUGGAGAUCACUCCCCAAAAAAGCAGGGCUGCUUCGAUGUGGGAAGAGUUGCAGAUUGAGAUGGAUGAACUAUUUGAGACCAGAUAUCAAGAGAGGGAACAUCAGUGCAGACGAGGAUGACUUAAUUAUCAGGUUGCAUUCACUCCUCGGCAAUCGGUGGUCUCUCAUCGCCGGUAGGCUUCCUGGUCGGACGGAUAAUGAGAUAAAGAACUACUGGAACACUCAUCUCAGCAAAAAACUAAUAAGCGAAGGUACCGAUCCGAUUACCCAUAAGAAAUUAUCGCAGCCAGUACUGCAAGAAGUGAAGAAGAGAUCGGGAAGAAACGCCAAAACUAGCAGCAAGAGGCAGGCCAACAAGAACAAAGCUAAAGUGGAACCGGACAAACCCAAGAUCCAUCUUCCAAAGCCCGUUAGGGCUAAGUCUUUCUCUCUACCUCGAGACCAUCGCCUCCAGUGCAACAAUUUAAGUACUGCUGCUGCGUCCACCAGUCACAGCAAAGGAGCGGGUGGAUUAGGUACGGACAAUGUUGUCCUAGUUCCUUGGUCUGAUGAUGUAGUAAGAGAUGACGGCCACGUUGAAGGCACCGGUUUUCUUGAGGGAUAUAAUGAUCACGAUCAUCACGAUCAUCAUCAGUUAGUGAUUAAUGGCUCAGAUUUGGAGUGCCACUCAAAUCUAUUACCUACCAGCGACGGGUCCCUAGAGAAGCUCUAUGAAGAAUACUUGCAGCUUCUAAGGACGAACGAGGAUCAAGUACACUUGGACUCCUUUGCGGAAUCCUUAUUGAUCUAAGAAAAGGUGAGAAGGAGACUUGUAUUAAUUAUAUAUAUUGAUUACGUAAAGUGUGUGCACGCAUGUCAAAAGUUGAAGUUAAUUUUCAAUAAAAUGUUUGAAUUUGG